CGACAAGGGUGUGGGUGCCUUUGCUAUGCCUGACAGUCGGCUAGACGGCCAGUCAGUGGCUGGACGCCAGAAAACCAAUUGUAAAUCAAAAGAACUCUUGCCUCUUCAAUAUAAAGAUGGCCGUACCUUGAUAAAGGCACAAGGUAUUUAAACCUAUAAAGAGGUUUUUUGGGCUAGCAAAAACACUAGAAGCAAAGUGAAGAAACUUGUGAAGCGCAACAGCGGAAAACCAGACGCGCCUUCGCAAAAUCAAACUUGGCGCCUUGAGUUAUCGAUUGGACACCAUCUAGUGGCUGCAAGAAGAACUACACUUCACAGCUGUCAAAAAUGGCUCUCAAGGAAUUAGUAGGGCGAAAGAUUAUGAAUGAGGUGAUAAAGUCGAAAAAGAAAUCGGCUAAUACAGACUGGCGAGUACUGGUAGUGGAUCAGUUGGCUAUGCGCAUGGUGUCAACAUGUCUCAAGAUGCAUGAAAUCUCAGCAGAGGGAAUCACUAUUGUGGAAGAUAUCAAUAAGAGUCGUGAACCUCUGCCUGCAUUGGAAGCCAUAUAUCUUAUCCAACCUACUAAAACCAGUAUCAGUGGGCUAGAGCAAGAUUUUAUCAUCUCCAGUAAAGCUAAAUACAAACUGUGUCAUGUAUACUUCACAGAAACUUGUCCAAAUGAGUUGUUCAAUGAUCUUUGUAAGCAGCCUGUAGCCAAAUAUAUCAAAACCCUUAAAGAAAUCAACAUUGCAUUCCUACCUUAUGAAAGCCAGAUUUUCUCUCUGGACUUCCCCAAAGCAUUCCCAUCAUAUUAUAGUCCAUCGCAAACUCAAACUCGACAGAGUACCUUGGAAAGAAUGGCAGAACAGAUUGCUACCCUUUGCUCUUGUCUCGGAGAAUAUCCUGCUGUCAGAUAUCGAGGCGAUUUUGAACGAAAUGUGGAACUUGCUCAGUUGAUUCAGCAAAAAUUAGAUGGUUAUAAGGCAGAUGAGCCAUCUAUGGGAGAAGGUGUGGAAAAGGCAAGGUCGCAGCUCCUUAUCUUGGAUAGAGGAUUCGACUGUAUUUCUCCAUUACUUCAUGAACUUACAUUACAGGCAAUGGCAUAUGAUUUGUUGGAUAUUGAAAAUGAUGUUUACAAGUAUGAAGCAACUCAGGGAGAGAGUGAGAAAGAAGUGUUGUUGGAUGAAAAUGAUGAGUUGUGGGUUGAACUGCGCCACCAGCACAUUGCUGUUGUGUCUCAGAAUGUCACCAAAAAAAUGAAAGAAUUUAUGGCUACUAAGCGCAACAUGGGUGAUAAGGCUUCUAUGAAAGACCUGUCGCAGAUGAUAAAAAAAAUGCCUCAGUACCAAAAGGAACUCUCCAAAUAUUCCACACAUCUUAAUCUUGCAGAGAACUGCAUGAAAAAAUAUCAAGGUUAUGUAGACAAGUUGUGUCGUGUGGAACAAGACUUGGCUAUGGGCACAGAUGCUGAAGGUGAAAGGAUCCGUGACCACAUGAAGAAUAUCAUCCCCAUCCUCCUUGACCAAGCCUUUGAAGACAGAGAUAAACUUCGGGUCAUUCUUUUAUAUAUUUUGGCCAAAAAUGGUAUUUCAAAUGAAAAUCUUGAAAAAUUACUUCAACAUGCACAGAUCCCUCCUGCUGAAAAGACAACUAUCAACAACAUGACACAUUUAGGUGCCAAUGUUAUUGUUGAGGGUAGCAAUCGACGAAAGACUUAUCAGGUACCUCGCAAGGAGCGGAUAACAGAACAAACUUACCAAAUGUCACGAUGGACUCCAGUGAUGAAAGAUAUCAUGGAGGAUAUUAUUGAUAACAAGCUUGAAGAGAAACACUUCCCAUUCCUAGCUGGACGAUCUGCAUCCAUAUCAAGAACAGCUCCAUCAAGUGUACGGUACAAUUGGCACAAAGACAAGAGUGCUAGUGCAGUCAAGAAUAUGCCAAGACUCUUAGUUUUCGUUGUGGGAGGCAUCACAUAUUCAGAAAUGCGUGCAGCGUAUGAAGUAUCAAAGUCUGGCAAGAACUGGGAAGUCAUUUUGGGCUCAACUCACCUAUUGACGCCAAAGGACUUCUUAAGUGACCUCCGUGAUCUCAGCUGAAGCACGUGACCCCCCCAUGACCCGGCCUCUCCUGCCUCUUCUACUUCUUCAUCCCCCAAAUCUCCUCCUCCUCCACCUCCUCCUUCUCCUUGUUCUAUAAGAUCCCCUCCUUCUACCGCCACCCCAACCCCUGACCCUUCUCCCAUUUCCCCUUCAAUUCCCAUUAUUGAUCUUAUGCUUGCCCUCCUUCCUGUUUGAGGCAAAGAGGAUAUGGCACAUAGGUAUCUAGUGCAUUGCUUUACAUAUGCAAAUUUCAAUAAAGGUCAGUUAUUCCCCUAUUCCAACUGGUAAGACCUUUGUUGAAGCUUAGUCAGUUUGAAUGCUCUGCAACUUGACCGCUGUCUUCUGACAUAAUGUGCAUUAAAUUAUGGCAUUUAUGAAUUGGAAAGAAGUACUAAAAGGGAAGGGGAAUGUCAAACUCAUGAAGCAAAAUUGUAUAAGCUAUAUUUCUGCAUGAUGAGCAAUCAUUUAUUUAAUUCUGUAUCAGUUCUUAUGUGCAGGUUAAUGAUAUUUAAUAUCAACAAAUUUUCUUUGGCUUCUCUGAUGGACUAAUUCAGCUGCAUGAGGAUGCAGAAGACAGCAAAUAUUGUGCCCUACAUUCUUCUUUGCCAAUUAACGUUUGAAUUCUCUGUGUAUUUUAAACAUUUAGCUAUUCAAGUGCUAUAGAGUAGAACUAGUGCAUCCCUCUUAUCCAUGCAUCCUUUGGGUCAGUAAUGUUUUAUAAGAUUGUUACUUGCACAUUAAUUAUAAUGAAGUCAGUCAUACUACGAUUGAACAAAACUAAUGUCUUGUUCUCAUUCUGUGGUAUGGACAAAUAUUUGUUAUAAUUAUACUUUGUGGAGUAUGAAUCUUCAAAACGUAUGAUCCUUCAUGUUUCAUUUACUGCAGUCAGAAAUAUUUGUCUUACCUGUAAAAAGCUCCUAUCAGCUGGGUUCUCCAAAUGGUCGAAGCAUUUUGUACGUUGUUGGAUUUUCUGAUCUGUUUGUGAAACAUGGGAAAGCUAUGGUGCAUCGCUAAGUUGAUAAAAAAUCUUGUUAAUCUUGUCUGCUGAACCUUGGGAAUUUCGAGUAGUUGAUUUUACCCAAACUUUAUUAGUCCAGUGCAUUUCUAGUCCUUUGUCUGUAACAUCACUACCACCAAUAGCAAGAUGGUAAAAAUUUAUGAUAGAAUUCCAUAUUUUCUUAUUGUGUGUCACAGUAUUAUUCUUUUUCCUGCCAAUUGACAGCAUUCCAUUUUGUAUGAUUUCCAUAAUAAUAAAUGAAAGCUUUAUUGAAAAAACAUGAGUCAGUUUGAAAGGGAACUUCACUUCCAACUAUUGUUACAUGAAGUAAUUAAGGACUUUUCAUUUUUCAACUUGUCAAGAGGGAUGUUUAAGGUUAAGCCCCCCUGUACUACUACUACUGUACUACCCUUUAGGGAGACUGUGUAAGCCUUAAGAGCCUUGGAAGUGAGACUUGUAUAAUUUUAAGCAUCAUCAACCAGUGAAUCAUAAUUCAUUAUUCUCACUUUGUUUAUAUUGUUAGCAAUGCACCAUAACUGUCAUCUUUCAUUGUGUGGUGGCAGGUUGGAGCUGCAAAGAUGUAGAUAUGAUGAGCUGUUUUGAGAUUCAUUGAUGCUUAUGAGAUGCUUGCAUAAUUUUAGCAUUUUUUAAAUGAGAAUCCCCUCACCCAAAAGUCCUGCUCAAAUGCAAUUCAGAACAGCUUGUCAUUUCAUGAAUUAAAUUAUAUCUGUCUGUGACCUGGUUUAUCUUGGUGUGUGCUGGGUCAUGGUAAAAUUGCCUGACGGGGUCGUUGGGCACUCCAUAUGCAAUCUUACUUCAUACUUUUCAUGCCAACCGCAUCAACUGGGCUUAUUCAUUUUGUGAAUUGAUGAUAAGGAAGAUUACUAAGCUUUGCUUUUCAAAAUGUUGGUCAUUCCACAAAGUUAAAUGUGACAAUGCAAAAACUCAUGAAAAUGGGAUAGUCAUUAUUCUAUUCAUUGUUAAAGCAAUUUAAUGUAUGAGAAUUGUAAGAUUAUAUAAUUAGAGUAAAUAUAUUACAUUUUAUGUAAUAUUGGCAAUUGAGAAUGGGAUAAAAUGAUAGUUGGGAAGCAUUUUGGAUACAUUGUGGUAAAUGACAAAUUAUUUGUGGUUGGAAAGAAUAAAAUGAAAAAUAGCAACCAGCAGUCAGCACAUUGUGGCAUCACUACUACAUAUCUCCAAAUCUUUCAUUUGCCUUAAGAAGAAUGCUUGAUAUAUUAGCCGCCUUUAUGCUAACUGAAGACCAUAUCAACAAGUUUUCAUUCUAAACCAAUGCAGUAAAUCUCCUUCUUAUGUUGAACUCCUGUUUCUGCCCACAGCGGUUGGUAAAUUUUUAGCCGUUGAUCUUCAUAUCGUUGGUGUAGUUGAAUAGAUUAGUUUGUUGACUUUGAAGACCAAGCUACUGAAUAUAAUUGAAUUAUUAUUAAGAUUAGCAGUGAUUACUUGUAGAUUGUAGUUAUGGUAGAGUUUUUUAUGCAGAAGUUGAGAUGAAACAAAAAAUAGGUGAAUUAUAGUUUAUGAUUAUUUAAUAAAGCGUUGUCUAAAGAGUUGUCUUGUUAAUUGGAUGUGUUUUAGGAUAUACAAGUGAUUAAAAAGUAUUUAGAAUUUUUUUUUUCCACAAAAUGUUAGGAGAAAUUCCAUUAUUAUCUUGAUAAGUUUGAUCUCCAUCUUCUAAGGUUGGAUAAGUUAUUCUAAUAAGGAUGCAUAGUAUUUUCAUAGUAGGAUAGACUCUGAGGUACAUAAACACUGAUCCUAAUAAAACCCCAAGGCUUAUACUGUAUUUUACAUUUUGUGCCAUUGUCAGGUGUUUAUAUCAACAGGUUUGUCCCUGUGUCUUGAGAGGUAUUCUACAGUUUAAAUUACUAAAUAGUUUCUAGUACAGUAUCUUGAUACAAAACGUUGUGAUCGUUGAUAUUAUGAAUUUU